UUUUUUAAUAGAUCAUUUGCUAGUUACAAUAGAGCAAUCACACGACUACAGUCACGUUUGUCUAUAUAUAUUUAUAUCUUAUUUCAUCAAUUGUAGAGGAAAGGCUUAGCACCAGAACCACCACUCACCCCCCCACUAACCCACUAAAGUUUGACGAGGGUUAUUCGGAAAAAAAAGUACUCAGCAUAUACUUCACCUAAUCGGAACAAUUUACAUGCAUAUAUAUAGAGAUGGGACAGUUAUUAUCACAUCCGAUUGAAGAUAAGCAAUUGGACUAUCGAUCACACCGAACUUUGUCAUAUUGUAUCGGGGCCAUGCAGGGGUAUCGGAUGUCAAUGGAAGAUGCCCAUCAUGUUAAAAUAAGCGAAGAUGAGACAGUUACUUUGUUUGCUGUAUUUGACGGCCAUGGGGGGCGACAAUGCGCCGAAUAUAUCUCCCAUCAUUUACUGAAGUUGAUAUUCCGACAAUUGUUCAGCAAUAAAGUUAACAUGAAUCAUAAUGAGACAUUUAAAGUAUUGAAGAAUGCGUUUUUCAAGAUAGACCACGACUUGAAUAAACAUUUGAGUUUGAUAAAUUGUGGAAGUACAGCGAUAGUUACUACUAUUAUAAAUAAUUGCAUAUACGUGGCUAAUACUGGAGACUCAAGGUGCAUUCUUUCAUUGGAUGGAGGAAAUGCCAAGACAUUGUCAUUUGAUCAUAAACCCAGUAAUAUGGGAGAGAGAGUUCGAAUCGAAAACAGCAAUGGCUAUAUAUUGAAUGGGCGAAUCAACGAAGUGUUGGCAUUAUCACGAGCAUUUGGAGAUUUUAAAUUUAAGUUGCCGUAUAUUAAUUCAACCAGAAACAAAUACAUUCUUGAGAAUAAUAAGCGGAUAAAGAAGGACUUGGUGCAUUUACCCCCCGAGUUAUUUCAAGUUACUGUGGAGCCCGAUAUUUUACUAUAUGAUAUGAAUUUCAACAAGAUUCCUGAGUUUAUAGUAAUAGCAUGUGAUGGUGUGUGGGAUUGUUUUAAAAAUGGACAAUUGAUCAAAUUAAUCAGAGACAAAUUGGCAUUGGGGUGGAAAUUGAACAAGAUUGUUGAAUUUGUGUUGAAUGAUUGUUUAACCAUGGCUAAUAAUUAUACUGGAAUUGGGUUUGAUAAUAUGACCAUGAUUAUCGUGGCAUUGCAUCCCGAUGGGAAUGUAGCAGGUGAUAAUAAUCUUGAUGAGUGGUAUCAAGUAAUGAUGGAUAAAAUCUUGAAGGAAAAGGGGUUAUUGUGAGUUAUGUACAAUAUUAGACAAUUAGCACGAAUAGACGACAGUGAUAUGAAGUAGUUCUGUAGACAUUGUAACGUAACUAUAAAAGUUUUGUUGUAUUUAUCUGAUGCAGUACAUAUCAUUGCAUAUAAUUAUAAUUGAGAUGAUUUAAUUUGUUAGAGUUUUGGCAAAUUUCGGGAGAAGCAACGAGUUAGCCAUGGCCGAAUCCAGGGGGUUUCUAUGAUGUAACAAAUGCAGUU